AAUAACUAACGUUUUCAUUUGUUGGUAUUGCUGUUGGCAGCAGAUAAACAGAACCUGGUAGACGGUUUUGUAAUACUUUUCCACGUUUCGAUUAACGUGUUUAGCUAAUGCAUCAUAAUUAUGCAAAAACUAUUUCAGAUAGCGAAAACGUGUAAACUAGCCAAUACGUGAUUGUAAUAUUAUUUAGUAGGGAGACACAGCUUAGCAUACCUGGUUGGCUAGCCUAUGGUAUGGAUGUGAUGUUCAGCUACACGUACCGUACAGUCAGUAGAAUAGAAGUGCAGUUGACUAGCUAGUUAUUACAUGAUCUCUCUAACUGCUAAGGAUGAAGAGGAAAGUGGCACGAUUACGGUUAAGCCCGAAUGAAGAAGCUCAACUCAUUCGAGAAGAACACGAAAGGAGAAGGAAACUUCGAAUACAACAGGUACGGGAACAGGAGCGGUAUAUUGCCCUGCAGAUCCGCAGGGAGGUGCAGCAGCGACGAGAGCGUGAGCUGGAGAACCUGGCAGAGGAGUUGAAGGAGGAGUGGGAGAGCCAACAGAGGGAGAAACUGAAGACCCUGCAAAAGUUAUUCCAGGACAAUCUAAGCAUUUUGGGAGAGGGACACCGUAGCGCCAAAGAAAAUGAGCCUGACUGGAUAGCGAUUGCUCAGAAAAAGGAUGAGAACCAUGUUCGGGCAGAAGAGCGCUACCGAGAGGCGCUUAAAGAGCUUAAAUCACAUCGACAGAAAGAGCUGGAGGAACAAAAUCGCUUUAUUAAAGCAAGGAAGAAAGCCAUACAGGUGGAGAGGGAGAGAGCCGCAAAAGUGGCAAGCCUCCCUCCUCUUCCACCCAACCCAAUUGAGAAUAUUGAGUCUAAGAAGCCUGGUCCAGUGAAGAAACAGGACGUGGACGGCUUCUCCGUGACCCACUAUCACAUGGCAGAGACGGCGGUGGACAGGGAGGUGGACACAGAACAGCCGAAUGCGUGCGUGUUGGCAAUGAAGGAGGCACAGCGCCUGCAGGAGCUAGGGCUGGAGGCCCAGAGGGAGCGACAGGAGCAGCAGGAGAAGGCUCGUCUCCGGGGCAGCCAUGCGCUUCGGCAGGAACAGCUGACGCAGGACCGAGAGCGCCUCCUGGUGGAGUUGGAACACAUGCAGCAGACAGACCUGCGGAGGCGACGGCAGGUGGUGUCCCAGAUGCCUGCUCAGAUCUUCCAGCCGCUCUACAAGAGACAGGAGAUGAGGGAGGACUGGCAGAGGGACAUGGAGUUUGCCUUUGAAGACAUGUACACAGGAGAGAGGAGGGUGAAAGGUGAUCUGGUGCUGCAGCUUGUCCCAGAGCCUCUCUUGGCAGUGUCUACUGGCAGCCAGGAUGAAGAUCUGGACCUGACUCAGGAAGAGAACGUUCCUAAUCUCGUGCCCCCGGCCGGGGCAGAAGAGGGUGGAGCUUCCACAGAGGGUGAAGAACCUUCCAGGCCACCAAGCAGGGCUCCCAGACAGGCUUUAAAGAAACUACUGGACCGCAUCAGGUCCCAGAGAGACCAGUGGAGUUAUGGGGGACAAGAUGAACCUCUGCCUGACACCCAAACUGCUCCGAGUGCAGAGCGUAACAUGGCCGCUGAUGUCAUGACCAUUGAGACCGGCUCCCUGGCAAGCGAGGAGAGGGAGGAACCAUUCACUACCACAAGUUCCAGACUCCCAGAACCCUCUCAGCCAGCCCCUGAGACAACGGAAGAGUCCAUAGUGGCUGGUACCCUUCUCCAUCCUGAUAAACAGGCCUUCAAGAGCAACGCAUUUGAAUCUGAGAGGAAGAGAAGAGAGGAGGAGCUGGAGAGGCAGAAGCAAGAGCAAAUAGCCUUGCUACAGGAGUUGGAGGAAAACAAGUGCAGGUUGGAGCUACUGCUGCAAGAGGCCCAGCAGGAGAAAGAACGACUGAAGAAGGCCGUGGCCCAGGACGCUGUGGCUCCAUCUGGAACACAGGCGACACUGGCCCAGGAUCGGGUCAGCCCCACUUCUCCAUCUCCUCAGCCUGCUAUACCCAAAGGUGCUGAGGAUGAACACUCGAGGCGAAUCAGACAGUACCAGCAGCGUCUCGUGGAACAGAACAGGCUUCACAAGCGGUCGGUGGAGCAGGCUCGCCAGCGUCUGGAGGAGUAUCAACGCACCCUACGAAACCGAUACUGUGGUGCAACUACGUCGACAUGUCUCCCUCCUGCCCUUCCUCAACCCCACCUUCAUUUAGGUACCGUGCCCCCAGCCCUGGAAGCCCCCCUGGAUCUCCCCUCUGGCUCCCUCCUGCCCUCCCCUCUCCCUGUUGCACGUACAGCCCAGACCCCUGUGGGGAUCCUCAUGCGAGAGCCCUCCAUUUUGUCUCAAACCCAGUUCCCUCCUGGGCUGGGCACAACGGGCGGCACCGUACCGCUGGAAUACGCCGCCCAAAACCGUCUAGACCACAGAGCUGGCGUUUCAGCUUGGCUGGCAGAUAAUGUGUUUGACAGGGUCACGAAAGACCUCCAGGAGAGGCUGUCCCUCCCCUCUUCCUCGUUAGAGCCCCUGUCCCACAGGCCGCCACCCUGCCACCUCCACCCUGCUUCACAUGUCCCGCCCACCGCCUUCCCCAUUCCCGCUGUCAGCCCAGCUCCUUCCCAGGAGGCGGUCACUCCCACAGGGGAGGCCCCUGUUCAGCCUGGGCCUGUCCUGCGGACCUCCAAGUUUGGGGAGAAGAUUGAAAGGCAGCAGCAGGAGCUACGGGAGGCCCGGCGGCGUGUGGAGGCCCAAAGGGAGGAAUUGUCCCUGCAGCAGAGUGAGCUGGAGAAGGAACAGAGGAGAAGACAGAGGGAGGAGCUACAGGCACUACUGACUGCCAAUGACACAAAGCACGAUGUAGCUCGCGGCCCGGAGCUCGGGUCAGAAGUCACGGGAGCAGCGCGUCUCAGACUGAUGGCGUCUCUGCUCCAGGCCAUCGAGGAAUCCACUGGCAACGCCUCAGCUGAAGCCCAUCAGAGCCAAGAUGGCGCGCUUAAUAUUCAAACUUCACGCCAGGACAGACCCGCCUCUCACCCUCUGUCCCAUCCUCACACCCGGGCUGCUAAGCCCCCAGUGGCCCGGGCCUGGCUGGGCAUCACGGACGUGACGAUGGAGCAGCACGAGCUCAGUGCCAUCCAGGAAGUGGAGAGUCCUGUCAACGCCAGCCUGAUCACCGGUCGGUCAGACAAAUGGGACGCCCCAGACGGGGCCAGUUGUGGGCUUCAUAAACAAGCUUUUCUCUCUAAACAGCUACAGUGUGUUUCCUCAGCUCCAGAGGUGUGUUUUAGGGGGUCUCGUAUUGAAAAGGCAGUCCCAGAACAGGAGCCGUCUGAGAGAGGUCCCGGCAGCAGUUCUCCGUCCACUGCAGGGGAACUUUCCGCUGAUGCCGUGAGUGGGACCGGGACGGAGUCGGGUGGGUCCGGCAAGCUGUCCUGGAGAGAGAGACUGCGUCUGGAGGCUGGGGCCUCAUUGGAACCUGAGUUCUCCCCAGGACUGUCCCUGUGUUCCUCAGAGUUUCGGAGAGGUGUUGCUGGUAAAUCUGUUCCGGAGUUGGAGAACAUCCCGUCAGCCCAACGACCCUCCGAAACCCACUACCUCUCCUCCACCACCAUGUCCUCCGGCAGCUACGUCACCACUGACCCAGACCACAACUCCACCCGUAUAGACUCCUCCAUGCUCCUGGCUGGUUUUGGAAUCGGAGGAAGUGAGAGAACCUGGUCAACCAAUGGCCUGUCCUCGCCCAGGCUUCGUUCCUGUCGAGGCGCGUCUGGAUCUGGUUCUCCCAUCUCUGGCUCCCUCCUACACAACAGCAGCAUCCAGCGCAUCAUAGACAAAUACACCAGAGAGUUCAACCUCUCUCUCAGCAGUACUGGAAACCCAACAGGUUCCUCAGAAGGCUCUGAGGGGUCAGCGGUUGAGGGGUCCAGCUCCUCGGCUUCCCAGCAGCAGCCCUGGUCUAGGGUUUUGCUGGAGAAUGAGGGACCAGCCAGAUCACCUAUGUCUGGUGUUGUAUCUGUCUCUCACCCAUCCGGCACACCGUCUGGAGACCAGAGGCUUUACCAGGAGUGGGACAACAGAGUACACAGGAUAAUGGAUAGUUUCUCAGACAAGUCCUCCUCAUUGGUUGUGGACCAGGGACGGGAAUCGACUGUCAGCCCAGUGAUUGGCCAGCCCUCAGUUCAGUCAUCCGGUUUAGGUAUGGACAAGGGGAGGGACUCCAUAGUGGGCUGUAUGAUUGGUCAACCGUUUGCGCAGUCAUCCUCUCUGGGUAUGGAUUUGGAGGUGAAAUCCGCUGUGAGCCAAAUGAUUGGUCAGCUGUCAAGUCCAUCAACCUCAUCAGACCGAAGGUGGGACUCGACAUUGAGCAGAAUGAUUGGAGUGCUCUCCAGUCAAUCAGCCUCUGCGAGCCAGCUGAUUGAUCAGAUGGGAUUGGGACUGGCCCAUUCCUCUCCAUGGUUGGAUGAAGAACAGGAUGACAGCCGGAUGAUGAGACCUCUGGUUGGCGAAUUAGAUGAGUCUGCUGUCCAGCGGAGUAAGAGCUCAGGAGCUGAUGGUUCUAACUCUCCAGGCUGGGUGGAUCUGGGGGGCUCUGGCCUGACAGAGUUGUCGUCUGAACCCGAGCGAGGUCCUCAAUCGUUAUUGAGCAGCACCGGUCCACCUGGACUGGAGACUCCUCCACACUACGAGAGCCUGCAGCACCCUGGGGUCAGCUCCCAGGAAGAAGACCGGACUGGUGACUCCUUCUACCCACUUCAGGCUGAGGUCACACACAACGAGACAGCUGAGGCAGCAGCUAUGACUUCUCACCACUCUGAGGUAGAGGGGUUAUGGAGCUCAGGAGCUGAUGGUUCUAACUCUCAAGACUGGGUGGAUCUGGGGGGCUCUGGCCUGACAGGGGUGUCGUCUGAACCCGAGGGCGGUCCUGAAGCAUCAUUGAGCAGCUCCAGUCCACCUGGACUGGAGACUCCACCACAUCCACACUACCAGAGCCUGCAGCACCCUGGGGCCAGCUCCCAGGAAGAAGACCGGGCUGGGGAUCCAGCCUCCGAGUCCUUCCACCCCCUCCUGGCAGAGGUCACACAGAACCGGACGGCUGAGCCAUCCAUCUUUACCGCUGACCUCCCAGAGCAGGAAGUAGAGGGGUCAUAUUCUCACAAUGAAGAAACGGACCAAGAUGUCCCUGCAGGGGACCAUGACCCGUCUACAUGCUCAGGGGAGUUGGAAGUUAACAGAGAUUCCUCAGUCUCCUCUGACCCAUCUCCAGAGCGCCUGCGAGGAGGAGAGGCACCUCCUGAGCCCCUCCAGGACUCCCUGUACCAGCUGACUAUGUCCCAGGGCCCCCUCCACGACUCUGCCCUGGUGGGAUCUCCUGGUGAGGCGGAGGUGGGGCUGGCAGUAUGUUCCCUAUCAGGCCUCUCCUGUGAUGACACCCCCAAUGUAGACAUGCCACCAGCCGGGGACACAAAUAUGAAUAGUGCCACCAAACCUCAGGAAGCAGACCAAGGAGGUGCUGUCACCUUUGGAGACCUAGGAGCAGGACAGGCAGAUUCCAAACUAUGUUCAAAGAGUAGUCCUCCCAUCUGGGAGCGAAUAAAGGAGGUAGGCAGUGGGAUGGGGAUUAUGGAUGAGUCCAUAUUGACCCUGGUUAGCCUGACUGACACCACAUUACAGGACCAGGAAGUCUCCCUAAUCGAGGAAGAGGGAGGAGACAUGAAGGUGUCAUCCAGAGAAGAGUGUGAGAAAGAGGACCUGGUGGGAAAGGAGAGGGAUUCAAGAUUGUCGCUGGAGGGGGACAGUAGGAUAAAUGAGACCACCUCCUCUCAUGCAGUGAUGCUGCUUGAAUUCCAGUCGUGUCCCAGUGUGAACCUACAGCAGGCCUUCCAGCAGAAACGCAGAGCCCUGAUCCAGAGGUCUACCCGCAGGGUGGAGGAGAUUCAGGCCAGGAGGGCUGAGGCACAAGCCAAGCCAAACACCCAGACUGACUCCACCGAGAUCACGGUCAAAACCACCACCAGGACCCAGUCCGCCCCAACCACUGUCCAGUCAUCCAGUAGUACUAAACCCAGGAGAAAGGGGAGGAGCGUGUCGUCAUCCCACGUAGGAGGAGCCGAGCAAAAAAAGCAGAAGUCCCAAGAGCCCUUACUUCCUUCCGUGCAAGUGUCUGUCAGUGAACCCAAGCUGAAUAAGGUCGGGGAGGUGAGGAUCAGCACUCCUGAGGCAAGGAAACAGGAUGUCAUUGAGAUGCGCCAGAGAACAGAGAGGUUGUACAGCCGGUUAGAGGAGGUGAAGAAACGGAAAGAGAUGAGGAGCAGACAAGAGGCGUAUGCCGAAAAUAGGGAGAAGGCCAAAGAGUUUCACAAGAAAACCUUACAGAAGCUACGGGCCAAACAGACUCUGCAAUGAUACUGAAGAUUCUUUUCUUUGUUUAUACUUAAAUGUAUACAUUUUAUUUUUGUACAUUUUGUAAUCUGUUAUUUAAAAGGUCGCUUGGUAUUUAUAAUAAAGUGUAUA